UAGAGCCGUUGUCCAGAGUCUCCAUAGCUAUUGUUCUCUCUGUUUUCUGUCUGAUUUUCCCGGAAACUGGCCGAGAAAAUAACGGAAAAUAGUACGUACAUUCGAAGAUUACCGGAAGGGGCAAGUCCUGAGCUUCGUGUGUCCAACUUGGGUGCUUUGCGACAUUUAUUCUUCUUCCCUUUCCUUUACUCUUAAAGGGGCUGCUACAGUGUCUCUUUUCUGUUUCUUUUUUUUUUUCUUCUGCAACUUUUCCCGGAAAUUUCUACUUUUUCUUUCUAUACCACACAAGCUCCGGGAUUUAUCUUUCUACCAUAUCCGGUUGCUUUCCGUACCGUUUGUGCUAUAUCAACUGGGUUGCCGUCACUUGUUCGGUUUACACCCUCUCUGAAUCUAUAGGGCUAUCACUCUCUCUCUCUUCUUUUUUGGUGACUUUCCGUGAAAUUUCUGGUGCUUUAAUGGCUUUUUGUGGGUUUUCAAUCCAUUAAUGGCAGGUUUAUCUGCGUUUCAAGCUUCCCUUUAACGUGUGUUCUUUCCUCAGCUUUCUUUAUCUCUUUAUUCUCCGUGCCUCUCUAUUCUCAGAGGAAUCUCUGCUUUUUCUCCGUUCUCUAUUUUUACACCCUCCUUCUCUCUCCCUUUCCCUUUCAUCCUCUGCUUUCAAUGCUAACGGAGGGAAUCUGAGAAAUCUCCCGAAACAUGUUGUCCCCAAUCAAGUACAGCGAGCACCGCAAGCGUACUAAGCUGCUGACAACCUCGUCGGAGAAAUUCACCGGCAGGAGUAUGAAUGCUGAUGGGCCCAGAAUUGUACGGAUUUCCGUCACUGACGGUGACGCGACGGACUCUUCCAGCGACGAAGAGGGUGAGCUUUUCGCGCGUCAGCGUGUGAAGAAGUUCGUUAACGAGAUCACUAUUCAGUCAUGUUCAGGAGAGAACAGCGACGGCACCACUGUUUGGAGAAGCAGAUCGGCGAGAAAUGGCAGGAAGAAGUCCACCGGAAAAGGUGAAGCUCAGGCUGUCCGGCAGCUGGCGAAGCCGUCGACGGGUAAAAAGUUUCGCGGCGUUCGGCAACGUCCUUGGGGGAAAUGGGCGGCUGAAAUCAGAGAUCCUCUGCGACGUGUACGGCUGUGGUUAGGUACCUAUGAUACGGCGGAGGAGGCCGCCAUGGUGUACGACAACGCAGCGAUUCAGCUGCGUGGACCCGACGCGCUCACCAACUUCGCUUCACCCCCCGCGGUGACCAAGCCAAAAAUAGAGCCGGUGACGGUGACGUGCUCCAGCUCCGGCGAAGAGUCUCACAACAAUCUCUGCUCUCCGACCUCGGUUCUCCGAUAUAUCAACGAAGAAGCCGAGUCACAAGGACCCAUCCCCGAAACCCCGAAACAAACCCGAAGCACUGAACUACCCCGAAUUAUCGGAAACGACACAGGCGUAUCGGAUAACUUUUUGGAUGUUUCGGAAUUUGACACACUAUUUGUUAACGAUGCCUUCGAUUUCCAAAGUUCAGUACCAGAGUUUUUCGGCGAGACGAAUCUUCUAGACAGCAUAUUGAGAGAAGACUGCAGCGAUAUCUUCCUUAAAUCGAGUGAAGAUUUCGGAUUCAGAUUCCCGACGAGUCCCGUUGAUGAGUAUUUUCAAGACAUCGGCGAUUUAUUCGUCUCCGACCCUCUCGUCGCGCUUUAAAAUGAUAAAAUCUUCAUUCAUACAAGUUCAAUGAAAGAUCUCCAUGCCCGCUUUUCCAAUUCCUCGGCAGAUUUUGUUCCGGCAGGCAAAAAAAAUCGGCUGUAUUUUUUUUUUCUUUUUGCUUUUUAUUUAUCAUAUCAUAUAUAAUAGAUAUUUUUUAAUAUUGAUUUUUAA